GUGAAGGAACAACAGAAGAAGGAACGCGUAUCAAAGUAUGAGACUAUACACGACAUUGGCAAAAAACUAGUAGCUUAUUGCAGUAAGGACGCACACUCUUGUAUUGAGAAAGCAUGCAAAGUAGCCAUGGUUCGAUGCAGACCAAUUCAGCCUCUCCAAGAAAACAGUUGGGGCAUUACCGGUGCACAACUCGAGAAGCACAUCAUGAAAGACGUCGAGAAUGGAUUGAUCCCAACACACAUUCAUUGCACACUUGGAACAUCUUCAAUUGCAGCUGAUGAUCAAUUGGAAACCAUUUGGCCGAUUGCUAAAAAAUAUGGGAUGUGGAUCCACUGUGACGCUUCGUAUUCGGGAAAUGCAUGGGUUGAUAAGAAGUACAGGGAUAAUGCGUGA